AAACCGUGUGAAAUUUUGAGAUGGAUUUCGGACGGAAGGUUUUAAUUUUAUUUUUAAGUGUGAAAAUUCUAUAUCCCCUGUGUCCACAUCAAAAUUUCCCCCUGUGUGUUGCUUCCUCUCAUAACUAGAUUUAUUCUUCCAUAACCCUAAAAUCAAUUUCACAAUCAAUUUCUCAAACUCUUCAAUCAAUUCCUUCCAAAAACUUGUACCAUUUCUCAAGCUCUUCAAGGAAAUAAUUGUGCUUGAACAAAGAUGAGUUCCCUUUCCGACUUUGUGUUUGGUGUAUCAACUUCAGCUUACCAAUUUGAAGGUGCAGCAAAUGAAGAUGGUAGGAAACCAAGCAUAUGGGAUACCUUUGCCCAUGGUGGAAAUGCAAAUAUGUACGAGGAUGAUGGAGAUAUUGCGUGCGAUGGAUAUCACAAAUACAAGGUCAUGCAACAUGGCAUUAUUGGGCUUAAUCUUCUUACUUUUGGUUUUGUUCCACUGACAAAUACUAGUAAAGAUAUAGUUGCAACUCAAAUGGCCCAAGACUUCAUGAUGGGGUGGGUUCUAAAUCCAUUAACAUUUGGUGAUUAUCCUUAUAUAAUGAAAAAGAAUGUUGGAUCAAGGCUUCCUUCCUUCACAGCAAAGGAAUCAAAUCUGAUCAAGAGCUCAAUUGACUUCUUAGGAAUAAACUUUUACAGCUUAAUAUAUGUUAAGAACAAUCCUACAAGCCUGGACAUGGACGAUAGAGCCUGAACAAUCCUGCUAGUUCAGUUGAGUGUGUAUCUGUUUGUCUUGUGUUCGAGUACGUCAUCUUUUGAAGAAAGUAUUACUCAAAUUUAUGUUAAUUUACUUGAGUAUUGACUAGUGAACAAUUUAGUCAUGUUAUUUUGUGAUAUAUUGUGCCAUAACAUUGAGCAUAUAUAUGAAUCUAGUUUGUAUAAUUUUGUUUUAGACAA